AUGGCUAUGCACAACGAAACAGCAGCAGCAGCAGCAGCAGCAGCAGUAGCAACGACGCGGCAGCCGGCCGACCGUCCACGACUGCACCGGACAGCCGAUGGGGCCACGCAGCUGCUGGUGCACGGACGGCCGUACCUGAUGCGGGCUGGUGAGCUGCACAACUCCUCGCUAAGCUCGCCGGCCUAUAUGGCGGACGUGUGGCCGACGAUGCAAUCCCAGGCCAUCAACACGCUGUUGGGCGCGGUGGCCUGGGAAGACAUCGAGCCAACCGAGGGCUGCUUCGACUUUGGCCGUCUCGACGCCAUCCUGGCCGAUGCCCGAGCCCACGAGAUGCAUCUGGUGCUUCUGUGGUUCGGCACCUACAAGAACGCCGUGUCGACCUAUGUGCCGGCCUGGGUCAAGCGGGAUGUCCGGCGGUUUCCGCGCGUGCAUGUCAACGAUGAGGACGGGCGCCAUCGCACUCUCGAGAUGGUCUCGCCGCUGAGCGAAGCCGCUGUCGAGGCUGACAGCCGCGCGUUUGCCGCGCUGAUGCGCCAUCUCGCUGCCGUCGACACCGCUCACAGCACCGUGCUCAUGGUUCAGGUCGAGAACGAGACCGGACUGCUGGGCGACUCGCGCGACCGCUCGCCCGUCGCUGAAGCCGCUUUUGCCCAGCCGGUGCCGCCGCCACUGCUCCAACACCUCCUCGUUGCCAAGACGGCCGGCACGCUCCAUCCACGCUUCACGGAGCGCUUUCCCGACAUCGAAACUACGGCUGCUGCUAGCAACCCCUCCUGGCACGACGUCUUUGGCCCCGGCACCCGUGCCGACGAGGCCUUUAUGGCCUAUCACGUGUCCCGGUUCGUCGGCCGCGUCGCCGCUGCCGGAAAGGCCCUCUACCCCAUCCCGCUCUACACCAACACCUGGCUCAACUUUGACGACCCGACCGUGCUCGACCUGCACAGCCUCCCCGUCGUCGUCGGUGGUGGCGCCCUGCCGGGCAUCUAUCCAUCUGGCGGCCCCUGCCCUCAUAUGCUCGACAUCUGGCGUCACAGCGCGUCCGCUCUCGACUUCAUCGCCCCCGACCUUUAUUUUCACGACUACGAGACCGUCUGCCGCGACUAUACUGCCCAGGCGAACCCGCUCUUCAUCCCGGAGCAGCGUCGCGACCCCUACGGAGCCCGCCGCGUCUGGCUGGCCCUCGCCACGUACGGCGCCCUCGGCACCGCCCCCUUUGGCAUCGAUACGGGCGCCGAGACCAUCGGCCGAGAAUACCGUCUCCUGGCCCAGACCGAGGCCUUUCUGCUUGCUGCCGCGCCUCAGGAUCGCAUGGGCUUUUUCUUUGACGAGCCGGACGACAGCAGCAGCAAGAGCGAUACCAAGCAAUGGACCCGUGUCUUUGGCGAUUUCGAGCUCAUUGUCGAGCAAUGCUUCGUCUUCGGAAAGCCCGGCCCUGGUGCCGGUAUGGUCAUCCACCGCGGACAUGACCGCUUUCUUCUUGUCGGUCGCGGCUUUCAUGUGCGAUUCCGUAGCGUCCGACCAGAGGCCACCUUUUGUGGCAUCCUCCGGGCCGAAGAGAAGGAGGUCGGACCCGAUGGACAGCUGCACACUCUUCGCGUACUUAACGGCGACGAGACUCGCAGCGGCGAGUUUGUCAUGAUGCCUAACGAUGACCCCGACUACGGCGGCUUCCCCAUCGCCGUCACUAUUCCCGCCCGCACCUGCAUUGCUGAGGUGGAGGCGUACUGGGUGCAGGAGGAGGUGGAAGAUCUGUGA